AAACAAAAAUACAAUAAUUUCGACAUCGUAAUAAAAUCUAAGAGUCUACAUCUAGAUCUAAAAUUACCAAUGUUAUGUUAAAGACUUAUUAUCUUUAGACUUUAGUACUCUACUGUUUGAUCUAGAUCUAUUAUUAUCAGUAGGCUAUAUGCUGAGAUCUAAAUCAAGCUCUAAAUCUUCUUAUAAAAUGAACAUCUAGCUUCUAAUUGGCAACAUAAUUCUCUUAUUUACAGAGUGGAUAAGACUCCAAUGAAACAGCGGCGGUAGACAGAUCUGUAAUGGAUGGGAACAGUCCUGGUAAGAAGAGACAACGCCCCACAACUAGUAGGGCGCCUAACGCCGAUGGGGAGAAGGAGAAGGCGGACAGCUCCAUCGAACUUGAACACGUGCUAGGGAUCAGUGUCUACUCGGGCUCCGCCUUGACCUGCCAUCCAAUGUCUGGGCUAGUAGCCUACCCAGCUGGAUGUGUCUUGGUCUUACUGGACAGCGUCAAGAACAAACAGGUGGCCACGCUGCACACGCCUAGAAAGAGCAUCACUGCCGCGAGUUUCUCUCCCGAUGGACGUUACGUUCUGACCGGCGAGUCUGGACUUCAGCCCGCGGUCAGAGUUUGGGACAUCUCUCGGAUGCAUGAAGUCGCCACUUUGAAAGGACACAGCGUUGGAAUCUUUUGCGUUUCAUUUUCACCGCGCAUGCGUGAGAUAAUAGUUGUCGGAGACGCCCAGGACAUGAUCAUAAGCGUGUGGGCGUGGCCAGCCAAAACUAUGAAGGCUUUGAAUAAAUUUUCUGAUACUAUAUACGCCAUGGACGUCUCUGAAGACAGCACUUUUUUUGUUACUGCUGGGAAUAGACACAUCAAGUUUUAUAAUCUAGACACACUGAGACACCACGCCAGUCAAAUUGAAAACAACUUCCCCAUCCCCCUCCCAACACGAUGUGGUUUGCUGGACAAUCUGAAAGAGAAUUGUUUCUGUGAUGUGGCGUGUGGCCGAGGCAGGAGUAGUUUCUACAUCUUUGUUGUGUCUGUUUCAGGACUUCUGUGCCAGGUGAACCGGAACCGUCUGUUAGAACGAUGGGUGGAUGUCAACAUGACCCAGACAUGCUGUGUGGACGCCGACGAGGACAGUGUGUUUGUCGGAGGUUCUCAAGGUCUGAUCAGAGUCUUCCAUGCCCUGAGUCUGCAGAUCAUCUUGACCUUACCGAGGCCACACAGCCUGGGAUUGGACAUUGCCGAGGUCAGGCCAACCCCUGAAAUAGAAUAUGGUCACGUGAUGGACACUCCAGGAAGUAGGGUUGGUCACCCUUGUACCAGAGCUCUAGUCUUCGACUAUGUCCACUCAAGUCUGACCGUCGUCUACGAUGACCACAGUCUGUACAUCUGGAGUAAAGAGACACUGGACAGAAACCUGGCCCGAGGGGGGAGGAAGAUUAUUUUUAAGAAAAGAUAUUCCUCCAUGUAUCACCGAGGCUGCGUGUGGGACGUGAAGAUUUAUCCUAUUCUCCCGGAGGCUCAGACUGAAGAAGGAGAUGAAGGGGGCGCCCUGCCACCGGGCGCCUUGGUCUCGGUGUCAUCUGAUGGUACAUUGCGCGCUUGGGACAUGUACUCAAAUAUCUGUGAGGAGAGUUUAUUGAAAAGGAAUUGCUUAAGUGCCGAAUGUUUGAAGAUAGUCUACACAGAUCAAGGAGAGCAGGUCAAGAAGACUAACGACCGAGUGAAAUGGAGAAAGAAAACCAGGCCUGCCACAUCUUCUGGUGUGAAAAAAAUUGGAAAGCAAUGUUUUACUGUAUUGGCAGUUUGCCCCAACGGCAUCGAUAUAGCCACAGGUAAUCGGCAUGGACGAAUCACUGUAUACGAUGCUAACACGAUGAAAGCGAAGGUGACAAUACUGGCCCACGAAGCGGAACUAACCGCUAUGAAAUACUCGAGCAGCCAUCGAUACAAGGUGUUGGCCAGCGGGAGCAGGGACCGUAUGAUUCAUGUGAUGGACGCCAGCAAGCACUACCAGCUACUGACCACUCUAGAUGACCAUUCCUCGACCAUAACAUCCAUUAAUUUUACUCAUAUUUCCCGUUGUUUGAUGUUGGUAAGCAGCAGUCUCGACAAAUCAGUGCUGGUCAGAGCCUACUUGGACUCUAGUAUAUUGUCCUUCAAGCCUGUGAGGGCCAUUGUGGAGAAGAAAUCUGUUAUGGACUUUACAAUUCAUCCAUGGUCAGGGUUGCUAGCCCUUGCUUGUCAAGACAAACAAGUCCGGGUCUACGGUAUGUUGAGCUCAAUCGAGGAUAAUUCAUUUCGAGGUUGUCCAAAGUGUGGCGGCCAGCUGAUAAAGAUUCAAAUCGAUCCUUCUGGUCAAUAUCUAUUAACUGCAUGCUCCAACAAAACAGUCAAUUUAAUACAGUUCUCCAACGGUAACAUGAUCAGCACCAUCAAUGGUCACGCGGAGAGCAUCACGAGCAUCAGCUUCUCCCACAACAUGAAGCACGUCAUCACAUCUGCUGUGGAUGGUUGUAUCUUUCUCUGGAGACUGCCGCAGUUCGUCACUUACGUGGUCAGAAAAGAGAUGGCCGAAAUGGGAAGACUGACCAAAGGCAUGGUGUUGAGUGACCGAUGGAAAAAGUCAAAGCUUCGGGAGGACAAUUAUUCACUUAAAGAGAAUGAAGCAAUGAGAACGCACCAUGAGUCUCUACCUCGUCAACCUAGUAGUUCUUCUGGCCAGGUGCAAACUGACAACGCAGAUCAUUUUGAGACUAAACAAUGCCAACAAAUCAACAACCAAUCAGGCGAUACUUCAUUCUCCAAUAAAUAUAAACCAGCAGAGGGAGCUGAAGUCAAGCCUCCAUUGGAGCUGCAAAGUAAAGCGGUUGCGACAUCAGAGGCGUGGCUGAAUGCGUGCGACGAGAGGAGGAGAAAGUUCAAAUUGGAGGCUCAGUCAAUACACAAGAUAUUGGCCAUGAUGCGACUCGUGACAGAGGCUAUGGAAAAGGACCUUGCUAAUGCUGAUUGGAUCAUGUCUCAGCCAGACUCGAGCCUCAACCCAUGUCCAGAGAAUGAGUUCCCUCCCAACCAUGACACAGCACCAACACCAGAGGAGAAACACCCACCACAAGAACAACCUCAGCCACUACCUAAAGAUGGCAUAUUUGAAAUGAUAUUUGCCAAGUCUCUACCGAAUUGCAAUAAGUGGCAGGUGAACGCGCAAGCCCCCAAAGAAGUCCAACCCAGGCCAGGUUCAUCGCAAGGUGAAGGUCACGAUACACCACAAGAAGAGGGGUCAGAGGGUGGUAGCUCUGUUUAUGAGAAGAUACAGCGUGAUUGGUCCACGUAUCACAUGUAUAAACAGGAAAAUAAGAGUUUCUCCAACAGUCUAAUGUCCAAACCACUUGAUCACGUGACUAUCAAAUUAACCAGAGACUCGAAUGUGUAUCACUGUGUGGGAACUUUUGCUUUCUUUAACGAACUUGACGGCUACAAUUACUCCUCGGCGGUGAACCACAUCACUCAAGCAAUGGAGAACAAGCAGAGAACUAACAGAUCCAUGGUCAUCAACUCUGCGAAUGACAACAAUCCGGUGGCCAACAGAUCCACGACCAUCAACUCUUCAGUACCAAACUCUCCUAUGGCCAUACAAUCCAUAGUGCCAAACCCACAGAUGGCCAAUAGAUCCAUGGUCAUCAACUCUUCAGUGCCAAACACGCAGAUGCCCAACAGAGCAUUGGUCAUUAACUCUACAGAGAACAAUCAGAUGGCCAACAGAGCCAUGGACAUCAAGUCUGCAUUGAAGAGCAAACAGAUGGCCAAUAGAUCCAUUACCACCAACUCUGCGAUGGAGAGCAAACCGAUUGCUAACAGGUCCAUGGUCAUCAACACUGAUUCGAAUACUAAAAUUAGGACUAAUAAUGCCGUGGUCAUGAGAUCAGAAAUGAUAAGUAAGCAAAAGAUUCAAUGCGAUGCCGAGGUCUGUUGUGAAAGAGAGAACCGUGGGUCCAACGACUUUAAUAAAAACAACAUCGUCUUAAAAACAUUCACAGAGUCGAUGUUAAGUCCUUUAGAAUCUGAUGUCAUGGACAACAGGUUGACAUUUCACUCUGCACAGUUAGAGCAAAAAGCGCCAAAAGCCAUAUGUAACCUAAGCCUCGCUUUGGCUAACCCUCAAGGCCUUGGAGAUUUUGGCAUUUCUGGAGGCGUGUUGAGGUUUUCGGGCCAGUGCGCUAGCUUUACCCAAAACGUGGCGGGCAAGACCGCGGUGUGCGAGACAGCGAACGCCCAAGUGUGCUGCACUCUUCGCGUGGACGCUGUCGGGUACAAUGCGCAGUGUAGCCAGGAGUCCAGCGAAAGCGUCAUCAUAGAUCUGGGUAUCUCUUUCAAAGCGUUUAUAGAGGAGCUCGGACAGAGAGAGGGCAUGGCCACGCCUCCGCACGCAAUGCUAACAAAGGACAAGAUGCCUGAACUGACGUCAGAGACAAGUGAGACGGUUGUGACGUCAUCCAGGGAGCACAGACCGCUGCGCCACAAAGGGAAGAAGCUGCGGUCCGGCACAAGUGGCGACACUGAGUCAAUGAGGAGCUCUGACAGCGCCAACAGAUAUACCAUAAGUGGACACAACGUCGGACACAGUCUGGUCAGUGGCGGACACAGCCUGGUCAGCGGAUGUGGUCAAGGGGAUGGGGAUGUAGGCCAAUCAAUAACUUUAGAGAAACUUUUACUAAAACCGGACACUGUCCUCUUUGAGUUUGCAAACAUGAAGAAGGCUUGAACGAUUCUACUUUCUAAAUUGUUACUUUGAUGUGUGAUUUGAACAUAUAAUAAGAGAAUAAUAAUCGAAUAGUAUUAUUUGUUACUUUGUUACUUUAAGAAAUAAAGUUUGACUUUGA